ACACAUGUGUCUGUAACUGAGAAGCAAGAGGAGCCCAGCAAACCCAGAGGGAGUGAAAUUAGAUUAUGAAUCAAAACAUGAAUUUAGGCUCCAUUCAGAAACUAAUGGAAGAGACGCAGGUUUUUGGGACCCAACCAAGACAACCUUAUAAAUUAGCUGGAGGUUGCCAAACAACUGGCCAUCUGUGUAAUUCAAAUCUGCCAUCUCAAAGUUUCUACCCAUAUUCACCUCAUUAUCCAUACAUGCAUACAAAUUACAGCAGUGAUUGGGAAAUUUUUGAAGCAGUAAGAAUUCAGGAACUGGAAGAAGUCAAAGCCAGAGCUGCCCAAAUGGAGAAGACCAUGCGCUGGUGGUCAGAUUGUACCGCGAACUGGAGGGAGAAAUGGAGCAAAGUUAGAGCAGAAAGAAAUAAAGCCCGAGAGGAAGCAAGACAAUUGAGAAUCAAAUUAGACAGUGUUGUAAAAGAACUGAGUACGCUUAAAAAAAAAAAUCACGAUUUAGUAAGUGAGAAGAAAAAUGUAACUGCUUGGAAAACAGAAUUCAGUUGCUCAGAAAAAUCUUGUAUUAAAAAAGACCUAAACCAGUUAACAUUUCUGGAACAAGAACCUGUGAAAGGACUGAGCAAAACCAAUGAAAUUCCUGGGGCAGAAGACACAAAGAAGGAUGUAGAGGUAAUCAAAGACCAAAGCAAUCACAAUAAAAAAAUCACUCCAAAGACUCCUGAUUCCUUUCCCAAUGGAGUUCCCAGCAUCUGUUUGGAGGACCCUAAAAAAAGUUUGGACAGUACAGCUAAGACAACAGAGAAUGAUUUAAUACACGUUUCAGCCUUGCGUUUGCAUUUGGCUGAGAUGCAGAAAAUCUUACAGAAGGAAAGAGAAAUGAAUGUAUUUCUGGAAAGAGAAAUGGAUAAGAUAGAAAAUGAAUUAUUUCUUUGGAAAUGGAAAUAUGAAGAACUGAGACAAACCAAACUGGAUAGCCUGAAACAGCUGGAAAGACUGCAGUUUGAGAAUACCUCUGAAUGGGGAAAGAGAGAGAGACUUGAAGCAGAAAAGCAAAGUUUGGAAGAAGAGAACAGAAGAUUGAAGUUGCAGGUAAAAGAAAUUCAGGGACUUUUGAAGACGAAAAAUAAAGCAACACUAACUAAAUCGAGUUGUGAUCACCAAAAUGCACAAAGUAAGCUGCUGGUUAAAGAUAAGUCAGAAAUAUCAAUCAAGAAGUCAUUUAGCAGGAACCCUUAG